CGUUUACGGCUUGGUAGCAGCCGGCUGCACCUAGCUAGCUCGCACACUGCCGGUCUAGCUAUAAAUAUCCACACACAACACGCAUCGUACUUCCACUACGAAUAUCUCAUGGUCUAAACCAACACCGGUUUGAUAGUUACUCGUGUAUCAGUGUAUGGUGUCCACCAGAUCCCGUUGAUUAAGACCCGAUUGGUUCGAUCAUCCGGUUACGCAUGGAUAGCAGCAGUUGGAUCGAUGGCUACACCGCCAACAGCACCGGCGUCGGCGGCAACGGCGGUUUCAUGUGUGGCUACACUGCCAGCCGCUUCCCUUCGGCGUCUCUGUGCAGGGAAGACGAGGAGCAGCAGCAUGAACUGCUCCUCAACGCGCAGAUUCAGCAACACCUCAACCAGAUCAGCAUGCACAUGAGCGCGGACGACGUCGAGCCAGCUGCGUACGGCGGCGCCAUCCAUUCCGUCGACUUCCUCCCAAAUUCUCUCCACGACGCCGGUGCCUCCAGCUUCCCCUCUUCUUCAUCCGCCUCCUCCUCGCUCCGCUCCGCCUCGCUCUCCUGCAGCCCAGAGAUCAGCUCCACCGCGGCGCACGUCCUCGCGGCGCCGUCAACCGCCGUCCAGUUCCCCGAGGUCUCCUCCUUCCUCUGCGACAACUUAACCGACACGCCCGAAGCAAUGGCGCCUGGUGUCAUGUCGACGAGUGCUAGCGCGUUCAGGCGCUACGAGCGGCACCUUGGCCCCCGGCGGAGGCUGACGAAGCCGGCAUGCGGGCAGAGGAUGUUCAAGACGGCCAUGUCGGUCCUUGACAAGAUGCACACGGCGAUGAAGUACAAACAACAGCAACAGCAGGAGCAGUACUACUACCAGCAGCAGCAACAGCAGGCAUCGGCGGCCGAGGCGUCGGGAAACCAGCUGCAGCACAUGAUCUCCGAACGCAAGCGCCGGGAGAAGCUCAACGACAGCUUCCACGCCCUCAGGACCGUCCUCCCUCCUGGAUCCAGGAAAGACAAGACAUCGAUGCUGAUCAUCGCGAGGGAGUACGUGACCUCUCUCAAGUCCAAGGUCUGCGAGCUCGAGGAGAAGAACCAGGCGCUCCAGGCGCUGCUGGCCCAGCGCCCCACCAGCAGUGCCGGCGCCGAGGAAGACAAGGCCGAGUCCGCUGAGAAGGUCGAGAUCCAGAUAACUACUGCGGCGGAGGGCGAUCAGCGCGGGGAGGUUUGCACGGUGAAGAUAGCGGCCAGGCCGGCGCGCGGCAACACGACGGACGUGGUGCUCAGGACGCUGCAGUGCCUGAAAAAUCGGAUCGGGGAAGACGUCAGCCUGCUCUCGAUGAGCACCGACCAAGCCGGCGACGGGCCUCAUCCAGCAAGCCUGAAAUUGCACCUCAAGUCGGCGUCGGGCGCGAAGUGGGAGGAGGAGGCCGUCAGGGAAGCCGUGACGAAGGCCGUAACGACUCCGGCGGCGCUGAGUGAUGGAGCCGGUGGACCAUGAUCGAUCAGCUAAUUGUCGAUCAUCGAUCGUGAUAGCUUGUCGACGCCUCACGAGACCGCCGCUAGCUAGGGCUAGGAAUCCCACAUCCACCCACACUGGUCGACGCAGUGUGGUCAGCAGAACAACAAGUAGAAGACGACAGUAAAGGCGAAAAGGGAGGCGAGGGGAGAGUCUGUGGUCUCUCCGCCGGGAAGGCCGGCGUUUUCCUCGGCCUCUCGUCGCCGGCCGGCGGCGGGAGGUGGGGAGGUCCCGGUCCUUCUUCGGCGUGUAGAUAUUAGUUUCCUCUCCUCCGGUGGUGUCAAAUCGGUGGUGGUUUCGCCGGAGUGUUGGAAUAAUUGCUCCCCUCUCUGUCCCCGGUCCGAUGAUGCUGGUGAGCUCGUCGGGGAGGGUGUGGAGCUCUGGUGCUCGGGGCGUGGUCGUCGUGGCGAAGGCGGUGACCUGCGUCUGGAGCUUUUGUCCCCCGUUCCUUCCUUCGUCAACACGGGGUGGGCUCUGGCCUCGUUGUUGAGGAUCUGGGGGUGGUGCGAUGCUGCUCCGGCGUUCGUCGUCGGUUGCUGCUAUUGCCUGUAUAGGAGCCUUUCUUUUGCAGGUUUUGAUCUGGGGCCGGCUUGUCUUGGAGCGGGUCUGCGGUUGCUGGUUGGCGUCGUUGCUUUUCUCUCCGGCUUCGGCUCGAGCCGGCGACGAUGUGCUGGCAGGGGCUCGGGGAUGUGUUCCCCGCCGAUGGUCGAUCAGAGUUGGCAGAUUCCGGCGUUUGUGCCGGAUGGAUCUUGCGGUACUCAACGCAGCUUGGCUGCUAUCGAGCCCCGGUUGGCUUCGGGUGUGCGGCGUCCUCGUGGUGUUCUUCCCUGGCGCCGACGGGUGAUGAGAACGGUGGGAGUGAGGACCUGCAGGGUCUUCUUUGUCUUUUUCUUGUUUUCAGGGGUCUUUUCGCUCUUUCUCUAGGACAGCUGGGCUUCGGGUUGGUUCCAGUGUGUGGGUGCGUGUUUGUACUCUGUUUUCCUUUGUUUUAACACGUUCUCCUUCUCAAAAAAAAAAAGACGACACACCAAAUACAAGUAGAAGACGAGACACCAAAUGCUGGAGAAUUCAGCCGCAGACAGCAUGAUCGUGAUCGCGAUCGGUCAAAGUAAUUUAUUAGAGAAGACAACCUGAUAGACAUGCAGGAGGAGGAACGAUCCACGAAGAAAGAUGGUCGACGUCACAUUGACCAUGCGACCGGAACGUCGAUGAAUGCAUUCCAUUGACAAUUGACAAUAGCAAUUCGUCGAAGCUUAGCUUGUUAUGUCUAAUUAGAUCUAUAAACCUAGUGUUGACGACUGCAAUUGUUUUGUUUACUCUACCUAGCUUUUGGUAAGUCAUGUCACUAUGUGAUUUUCUUUC